AUGUUGCUCCAGGUGCUUUCCUUGGAGUACUCGCUUUGUUUGCCUCAGGCUUUAUUUGAUGAUAGGAAAUGUUCAUUCUUUGGAGGAAGAAGUAUUGACUUGGUUCCUAUUAUGCAUGUGUAUGGGACAAUUCAGGAAACAAAACAAAAGGCUUGUUUGCACAUUCAUCAAUUGUAUCCGUAUUUUAUGUUGUCGUUUCCCUACGAGUUGUUCUUGGAAGAAGGUGAAGAAAAUGAUCAUUCAAAUUUGAAGAGAACCGAUAAUUUACUGCUAAAAUUGAACAUGAGAAAGGUUUCUGAUUUCAUACAUGUUUUGGGAAAUACCAUUGAACAAACCUUUCACAGAUCACUCUAUGGCACCUCACUUCAGCAAUACCAGAACAUGCAACAACAAAAUUCCAAGCAGGAUCAAUCUGUUUACAAACAUCAACGACAAUUCAUUCAUGACAUCGUCGUUGUGACAGGCACUCCAUUUUACGGAUAUUGGUUUAACCCACAAUUGUUCUUGAAAGUAUACGUGUAUAAUCCAAGCCAUGUAGGUAAAAUGGCAGCCAUGUUCGGGAAUAGUAGUGUGAUGGGUCAUAAAUUCUCUGUAUAUGAAGCCCACAUUCCUUUUUCUUUGCAAUUCAUGAUGGAUUACAAUGUGUAUGGAAUGGGAGAUUUGAGUGUUGAAAAGGUAUUUUUCAGAUUACCUUUUCACGCAGCUGAUAAUGACAAUGAAAAUACUCAGAAGAUUAGUAGCCAAAAUGCCACAAAUUAUGGAACAAUUUUGCCAGAAAAUGUCAAGAGGUUAUCCAAAUGUGAGAUUGAAAUGGACAUUUUCUCAAGGGAUGUUUUGAAUCGACAAGAAAUUAUUAAUGUGCAACUUUCCCUUGAAAAGGAUAAAGAUAAUCAAUUUGGAAAAGAUAGAAAGCUUCUCCAGUCCCUGAAUAUUAUUUGGGAAGAAGAAAGAAAAAGAAGAAGAUCCAUCAAUAUGGAAAUCUCACAACCACCCAUUCCUUUUUCACCAUUUGAGAGAGAGGUAAAUCAAAAAAACGAACUGGAAAAUAUUAUGUACGACCACUUGGUAGAAAUUAUUGAAAAGGUCCAAAAAAACGAUGAUGAGGAGGGAAUUAUAUUUACCAGCCAAAUACCAAGUGGAUUGAGAGAUGACACUUCGACCAUUAAGCAAUCUCAAGAAACACUGAAUCAAUUAUUAUCCAAUUAUCCAAGUGCAUUUCUGACAUAUGAAGAGAUUAAAAAAGAACAAGGAAUGUUCUAUGAGAAUGCUCACAUCCAUAACGAUAACCAGUACAGCAUUCAAUUAACUCAAAGUGAUGAAGAGCUCGAAAACAUCCUGAAUUGGAUGAGAGAAAAAGAUUUUGAGCUGAAGGAAGAUGAAUACAAUAAUCUAGGACUUGAGGACGAAAAUGAAGACGAUGAAGAGAUGGAAGACAAUACAGAAAACGAAGAACAUGAAAUUUUAAAUUCUAUGAAGGAAGUGAUGGACAUGGAUGACACAAUGCACAUUCUCGAAGUAGAUGAGUCUGAUGAUCAUGUUUCUGAUGGUGAAGAAGGUUACUCAUCUGAGAGCAGUGAUGGUGAUACGUACGAACUUAUACCUCAAUAUGAUGGUUACUCUGACAAGAACUCUCUAAGAAAAAAAGAAAAGAAUAUCAAACUUACAAUUGAGGAUGUAUCAGUAGGAGAAUUUGUUUAUCUACGAGCUCCAAAAAAUUGCAAACCCUACAUUGCAUGCGUUAUUGACAAAAACAAUCAAUCUAAAAUCGUAACAGUGAGGUGGUUCUACAGACCAGAAGAAACGAAAGGUGGAGUUAGAGAUUGGAAUGGAGAGAAUGAAGUGUUUUUGAUCUCUCAUUGUGACACCAAUUUAAUUGAUACAGUCAUUGGAAAAUGCAACGUUCUUUUUGUGGACAAGUACUUUAAGGAUCUUCCCACCAAUAUUGUUGUUGAUAAUUUUUUCAUUGAAGAGAAACUUCCUGAAGAAUUCGUAGAGCAGUCAAAAGACACCUAUUUUUGUAGAUUUGAAUACUCUGUGAAAAACAAUAGCUUUAGAAAGAUUUCAAGCAAAUCAAUGGAAAUAUUUACACAUGAAGGAAACAAGACCAAUCUACUUCCCAGAAAAAAGAGAAAAGUUUCUUUUCAAGAGGAAGAGGCAGCAUCAACACCAAAGAAGAAUAUUGAGAAGGCUCAUGAUCAAUUCUUUCUUGACAAUUUUUUUCCAUCCCAAGCAAAGCAAAUAAUUUCCUCACAAGAAAGGUCUUCACACCAACUCGACAGUAUGGCUUCUCAAGAAAUUUCUUUUUCGCUUGUUCAGCAAGCGCUUGAUGUAAGACCUGAACGUUUUCUAUUUGCAGAGGUAACACAUCAAAGUGGUGCUGUCAAUAAUGAUAGUCUUUUGGAGUCACCUCAAGAAGAGGAUGCGCAAAAAGGAGCUGUUAUUGAUGACAACUCUAAGGAACCGACGUCUCCAAUUUUAGAAGCUUUAGUACAACAAGAAAAAAACAAAGAGGACAGCAUAUUAGAGGAGGAGCCCAACAUUGAAGAAAGUUUAUCACCUUCACUUUUGAUUACUUCCGAGUCACAAAAUGAAAGACCUUUAAACGAAAUCAAGGAAGGCAUCAACGCUUUCGCUCUUCAAGAUGAGGCUGUAGUUGACAAUGAUUGCACACCACCGUUAGAUGACACAUCAUCUUAUGGAAGGGUUAACUCAUCUGAACAUACACUGAUUUAUAAACCCACUCCUCCCUCAUUGAACAUGGUCUUAGAUGAGCUUCAUGUGUCUGCAAAGGAAAAUCGAGGUAUGAUCAAAAAUCUUGAAAAAAGACCCUUUUUCAGCAAUCACUCUGAUUUUUUGGAGAGCAAGAGAAGCUCCAUUAUUCGAUUUUCUUCAAUCUUCGGUAAAAAACGAGUGAAAGAGGGAAUGCCUAUCAGUAAGCACUUAGACGAACUCGAUGUUUUUUCAAUCCUUCAAAAACACUCAGAAUCCAAGCUGAAAACAAACGCCAUUCACUCCAAAAUGAUACUAGAAUUUGCACCAAAACCACCAACACUAAAGCAGAUUAUGAAGGAAUUCCAUGUAGAAUCAAAGACAACUUUGAGUGAUGACACAUGUGAAAGUUUCACACACAUAAUUCCGUCUCCUGAGUUUGACGAGCCCAUUCUAGAUGUUGUCUCAUCACUUCCUCCUAAGAAUUUGUGUUCACUCAAUACUACUCCUCCUAAUACACCUUCCCGAAGACGACGAAGAGCGCCUCAAUCACUAGUGUCAGAGUUAUCUGUAACUAUUCAGCGAAAAAAGAUUGCCUUUAAUUUAGAUACACAUGACAAAGAAGACUCUUCCACUAAGAAAGAGCUCGUCUCCAAACAAAAUAUUAAUGUAAUGUCUAUUGAAUGUCAUGUCACUACAAGGGCAGACUUUUUACCGAAUCCAAUUUAUGAUCCAGUUCAAGCCAUUAUCAUUUGCUCCCAAAAUUGUGCAGAUGUUGCAAACAGUACAGAGAGUAUUCUACUUUUAAAUCGAGAUUUAGAGGACAACGACACCAUACAACACAAAUUAACAUGCAUUCCACUUAAUUUUGAUCGAUUUUAUGAAUUUAAAACUGAACAGGACCUUCUGAAUGGAUUCAUUGAUUUUAUUUGCAAGGAAGAUCCCGACAUUUUACUUGGAUAUGAAAUGCAAACCGAAGGUCUUGGAUAUUUGAUAGAGAGAGGUUUUACUGUACUGGGAAAGAAUAUUUGCUAUGAUUUGUCGCGUGCAAUUUUCUAUCAAAACGAAAACAAAGCUAAUAAUACUAAUAAGGACAAGAGGCAAGAUAAAAUCAUGAAAAAAGCUCAAGAAUACGCAAGAAACAAACAAUCUGGAGUGAUGAUUAAGGGAAGAGUGGUUAUUAAUGUUUGGAGACUCAUGAACGGAGAAAUGAAACUUGAUAUGUACACACUACACAAUGUGGCGUUUAACAUUCUUGGGAAGAGAAUUCCAUAUUACUCAUACCAAACGCUCAGUGAGUUAUCCAACAGUUGUCAGCAUCGUAAAGACAGCUUUGAAUAUCGAAUUAUUCUUCAAUAUUAUUACAAGAAAGCAAGUAUUACACUUGAAUUAUUGAACUAUUUAGACUUUUUGAAUAGAACUGGAGAACUUGCAAAGGUAUUUGGAAUUGAAUUUUUCUCUGUCCUUAAUCGAGGAUCUCAAUACAGAGUAGAAAGUAUGAUGCUCAGACUUGCACGAUUGUAUAAUUAUGUCGCUCUUUCACCCACUCGGAAACAAGUCAUGGAACAAGCAGCUAUUGAAUGUUUGCCAUUAGUCAUGGAACCACAAAGCAAACUUUAUACGAAUCCAGUCAUUGUUUUGGAUUUUCAAUCUCUUUAUCCAUCCAUUAUUAUUGCCUAUAAUUUAUGUUAUAGCACAUGUUUAGGAAAGAUGGCAUAUGUGGAUCAAAAAAAGAGCAAACUCGGUACAUUGGAUGGUUAUGAGCCCAAUAGUGAACUGAGAAAAUUAUUGAAACAUAGAGAAGAGGGAAAAUCCAUUGAAGAAGAUAUUCUUAUUACACCCAAUCAAUGUCUAUUUGUGAAACCAAAUGUGAGACAAGGAAUUCUUCCAAGAAUGUGCACAGAAAUUCUCAACACUCGAGUCAUGGUCAAACAAGCAAUGAAGGAAACGAGUAAGGAAGACACUGAAACUCAACGUAUUCUCAAUGCACGCCAGCUAGGUCUAAAACUCAUUGCAAACGUGACUUAUGGAUACACAUCAGCCAAUUUCUCAGGAAGAAUGCCACUUUCUGAUUUAGCGGAUGCCAUUGUGCAGCUUGCAAGACAAACUCUGGAAAAUGCGAUUGAAACUGUCAAUCAACGCUUCAAAGGAAAGUGUCGUGUUGCAUAUGGGGACACAGACUCACUAUUUGUGGAAUGUAUUGACUCUACAAAAGAAGAAGCAUUUAAACUUGGGAAAGAAAUUGUGAAGAUUGUCACAAAUUCUAAUCCAAAACCAAUUACAUUACAAAUGGAACGAGUGUUUCAUCCGAGUUUUCUGGUGAGUAAGAAGAGAUAUGUCGGUCUAGCAUUUGAAAAUCCUUCACAAACGAAAGGCACGCUUUUCUGCAAAGGCAUUGAAGCUGUGAGAAGAGACAAUUGUUUAAUGGUACGAAGUUUAAUGGAAAAGAGUCUCGAAAUUCUAUUUGAAACUCUUGAUUUUUCUCUUGUGAAAUCUUAUCUAUCGAGACAGUUCUAUAGAAUUAUCUCUGAAAAAUGCUCUCUUCAGGAUUUCAUCUUUUGGAAAAAGGUCAAACUUGGAUACUAUAAAUCAGAGAAAAAUCUUCCUCCUUCUGCAAGAGUAGCAAUUCGAGAAAUGCAACGUGAUCCAAGAGCAGAGCCAAGAUUUAAUGAACGAGUGCCCUAUAUCGUAGUGUUCAGUCCUUUGCAUCCAUCUAAGGCAAAAUUAUCAGACAUGGUCAUUCAUCCAAAAUAUUAUAUUGCGGAUCGUAUGGGAACUAGUACGUCCAAUCAAGUAAUGAUUCACAACACUCGCCAAAAGUAUCGUCUUCAUUAUAAUUAUUAUAUCACAAGACAACUAUUACCUUCUUUAGAUCGAUUAUUUUCAUUAUGCUUUGUGAAUUGUAAUGUUUGGUAUAUGAAUUUACCGAAACGUGACGUGUAUUUGAUGGCCGAUUGGAGAAAACAAUUAUUUAGAAAAUCAAAAAAUUUUAUUGAGAGAUACUUCAAACCAAUCAGUUUGCCAUGUGUGAGUUGUGGAGCCAUUAUUGAUUGUAAAACAUUGAACAAAGUUGAAGGGGCGGCGACAGAUCUGUCUUCACAAGAACCACUAUGUCCCAAAUGCAAGGAAUAUCCACUUGUGUUGUUGCUUCGAUUGAGAAGCGUGGAAAGGAACAAGAAUAUGCUUUCUGAACUAUGUCGACAUUGCAACCAUGAAUUAGAUGUAACGAAUGGAUUAUUGCCUUAUUCCAAAGUUCCAUCGAUCGAAGAAAAAUGCAUGUCCCUAGAAUGCCCAAUUUUGUUUUCAAAAGUUCAUACCCUGAGCAAUUUUGCUAGCUUGUUGUUUAUUGAAAAAAAUUUACGAUAA